GUUUUUGAAGAUGUUGACUAGUGUAUUCAAUUCAAAUUAGACUAUGUUAAUGCAAUCAAUAUAUGCAUAUUUGGUAUUCCCUCACAUAAGUAUACACGAAUGAAUAUCAUCUAAACUGUUAAGACUGCCGUGACGAUGGAGGUUUAUGGAAAAAGACAUUCUCUUCAGCGAAGAGAAGUUUCGCACGCUCUGAACAAAUAUUUCCAUUUAUUGAGUUGGAAAUGUGGAGAAAAAAUUCUAGAAAUCUCGCCUGGGGAUGGAACUCUCACGAUGGACUUGUUGAUACCUUUGUUGCCGAAGAACUUCAAGCACUAUAUUGGAAUCAAUUACAUCGAAGGAGUUACAGCCGUAGCGCAAGCCAAUUUUCCCAAUGACAAAUAUCCCAAGAUAACUUUUGUGAACUGCGAUAUUCAGGAGGAAUUUCCCGGUUAUAGUAACGAGUUUGAUCAUGUUUUCGCUUUACUAUGUCUGCAUUGGAUGUGGAAUGUCAGGACAGCAAUCCAGAAUAUAUUCGAGAUGAUGAAACCAGGUGGUGAAAUACUUGCCUCUUUCGCAGAAGUUAGUCCAGUUAGCGAUAUCUUUCAUAACUUAUCAAGAAAUCCAAAAUGGGCUCCAUAUGGUCAUGAAAAACAUAUAUCAACUUUUUUUUAUAGUGAAAAUCCUUUGAAGGAUUGGAUACAAACAUUUACCGAGGCUGGAUUCGUGGAUAUCAAAACAAGUUGCGAAGAACGAACUAUUGAAUUCCCCACCGAGAAAAAUUUCGAAGAAGUCUUUCUUGCAAUAGACCCAAUUUUUAGAAAGAUACCCGCCGAGAAGAAAGAAGAAUACUUGAAGGAUUAUUUUGAAGAAAUAAGAAGGGGCAAGAUGAACUACGUAGAAUACAGCAACGAACUUGGGAAAUCUGUUCACAAAACAACCUUCAACUGUGUUUUUCUGAUCGCGAAGAAGCCUUCCUAAUUGUUCGAACAGUAUCUUUAGAAAAGUGUCCAAUAACCGACAAUACAACACAUUUCUUCGGAUCGAUUUUCAUUUGGAACUGUCCGUAUUUAUAUGAAAUAGUUACCGAUUUCUCUAUGUUGGAUCAACACAAGUUUUUGGUACCUUCAGGAAAAUACUGAAGAAUAGCGUUACAGUAAACUGUUUUGAGGAAAGCUCCAGUCAAUUUAUCAUCAUUCGCAACAAACUUAUUGCGUAAUAUAAUCAAAUAAACUCUUAUUUUCAA